AUGUCGCCCGCUCUCCCCCCGUCCCCCUCCGCGUCCCCCGCCGCUCACCCGACUGACUCUCCCGCCGACAACGACGCUCCCCCGCCCCAGGAGCCCCAGACUCACCGCUGUCUCUGGGGCGACUGCGAGCAUGCCUUUGUCGACCCCGAGACCCUCUACAACCAUCUCUGCAACGACCAUAUUGGCCGCAAGAGCACAAACAAUCUCUGUCUCACCUGCAACUGGAAGGACUGUGGCACCACCUGUGCAAAGCGCGACCACAUCACCAGCCAUCUCCGAGUCCACACUCCGCUCAAGCCGCACGUCUGCGAGAUCUGCAAAAAGUCCUUCAAGCGUCCCCAGGAUCUCAAGAAGCAUGAAAAGAUCCACACCGAGGAGCAUCACCAGCAGCACAAGCAUUCCAAGGCCAUCACCGUCGUCGAUCCAGCCUAUGUCUCCCGCGUUCGUGGCGACUCGGCAGCUCGCUCCGUCUCCAAGCCAGGCUCCAAUGGUCCUCUCAGGCAGUCCAGCGUCCGUCCAAAGUCUCAUUCCGCUUCGCCCUCCGAUGCUGCCCAUUUUGCCCUCUUACCCACGCCCUCUCCAGAAUUAGGACACCCAUCUGCACAUCCCCACUCUCACCACCACCAGCAUCAGCACCAGGGCUCGCACGAGCUCUUCAUGCAGUCCAGCCAAUCCAUGUCCUCGUGGGAUGCCCUCAGGCCAGACGCCGUCGCAACCGGCUCAAAGCGCUCUCAUGAUUACAACGUGGACGAUUUUUUCACGGACAUGAAAAAACAUCCCUCUAAUGUCUGUCCAUCAGGUAUGGCGGAACGUCUCAACCACAUCGCUUACCAACAGGGCGGUGGUGGUCCCCACCAUUCCAAUUUUAAUCCCCGUUCCGUCUCUCUUGACAUUCGCACUCCCGAGGAGCUCGCCGCCGUCAACGAGUUUCUUGUCACCCUCGGCCGUGAUGUCUCUGGCGCCAAUGGUCGCCAGCAACAACCCUCUUCUCAUUCCUCUUUCAGUAACGACAAUUAUUUCGACAGCAACAAUCUCAGUCAGCUUGGUCUCACUGGUAUGCCUGGUAUGCCCCCGCACAACUCCAACUUUUCAGAGUCCUCGUAUGGUGCCAGUAACAACAGUUCGCUCCCACCACCACCGCCACCCCAGCAUUACAGUUCUGCCUAUCAUUCGUCCCGCAGUCACUCGUCUGUCCAGCCCCAGCCCCAGUACAGCAACAACAUGUACAUGAAUGAGCCCUCCCUGUCCUACCCUGGUGAAUACGGCUCGUCGAACUCUGGACAUCGCUCGAACCGGAGCCACCACCCCGGAUCUACCAAUUCGUUCCAGAAUCCUUAUGCACAUGCCCAUCAUCCGACCCCUCCUCUGGACAACAGUUCUCCUCAUUCCACAGUAUCGACUCCUGUCACGAUGACCCCUCCCCAGGUGCCACUGAUGAUGCCUCCAUACGAUGGUCUCCGCCCCUCCCGUGGCGCACCCCAGCCUGUAACUCUUUCGCCCCCAGAGUAUGCGCAAAAGAAUAUACGCGCUAUGAUCCAGCUCAAAUCCGUGCCGACGAUGUCGCGGCCUGUUCUUCCGCCUCCGCCCGUUGAGCGCAAAUUGCCUUUACGCUUACACCAGGCGCCGGUGUCAGCUUCCUCAUCGUCGUCGUCCAAACAGGGAUCAUUAUAUCCCCUUUUGACAUCAGGGGAUAUUCAGUACAAGCUCCCGCCCAUCAAACAGAUGUACAGGUCGCCGUCACCCCCUUCGCCUUCGCGUGAAUCAACACCAAGCUCGACACACUCGUCACCCCUGUCGCAGACGACCGUGCUCCCUGGGAUUCGUUCUAUUGCAUCGGGGGGACAUUCUCCCGAUUCGGAUGAUCUGACUCACGAGAUUGGCCGCAUCGAGCUGGACCGCACCAAGGAUAUUCCUCAAGAGGAGCGCAAGCGCCAUGCUAAGCUCAUACUUGAUCUCCUCGUCUCCAUCAAUAAGGACUUUAAGAGUCGCUACCAGCAUGGAUCUUCCGACGUUGAGAUGUCUGUUGCAUGA